AUGUCCACUCCCCAGGCUCAGCAGAUUACCCAGAACUUUAUCAACCACCCCUACGUCCAGCAGGCCCACAAGACCGUCCAGGGCCAGCUCACCUCGCUUGACGCCGAGCUCUCCAAGUACACCGUCCUCCGUGACAUUGAGACCAAGACCAAGGUCCCCAAGGUCUACGGCGUCCUCGCUCUCGGUGCCUCCGCUGUUUUCCUUAUCUUCUUCAACCUCUUUGGUCUCGCCUCGCCCAUCUCCAACCUCAUCGGCUGGGGUCUCCCCGCCUACCUCUCGGUCCAGGCUAUCGAGUCGCCCUCGACCAACGACGACAAGCAGUGGCUGACUUACUGGAUUGUGUUCGGCACCUUCAACCUGAUCGAGUCGUUUGCCAUCCGCCCCAUCCUCUACUGGGUCCCCCUCUACUUCGUCUUCAAGACUCUCUUCACCAUCUGGCUUUUCCUCCCUGCCACCCGUGGCGCUGAGACCCUUUACUUCAACGUCCUCCGCCCCGUUGUCGCCAACGUCAAGGCCCGCAGCGCGGUCCCCCCCGCGGCUCCCGCCGCUGCCGCCCCCUCGUCGUUUGAGCACGAGAAGACUCUCUAA